CCAUGAUCUCUACACCUACACUUUUCAUAAAACCCUAACUUGUUCUUAAAGAAACCCUCGUUCCGCUCCUUAAUCCCAUAGUAGUAGGACGAUCGAUGCUUAUCCUCUUGUCUGCUUCCCCAUAACCCAGAAAAUUCAGAAAGAAAAAUGCUUAAUCAAAAGUAUUUUAUAGCUUAUGCAUAUAUAGAUAUAUAGAUGUAUUGUCCCCGUAACCAAACGGAAACAAGGCGUUCCAGUUCUAGUUCCACUUCCACCGACUCAUCUUUCGCCAUCUCUGGUGUUCAUCACUGCUUUGAAACCAUGCAGUUCGAAAGUACAAUUGAUGAAGUAAAUGCAAGCCAGAGCCCUGGUCUUCAGUAAUAGCUUCGACUUGUGCACAUUUGAGAUCAGAAGCAUUUACAUCUUUCAUAUUCCAGUAUUCCACUGAUCUGCCUUAUUAAUCGAUUCGCCGCUCAAUUCUUACGCUUCUCUCUCUUUCUCUCUUUUCUUCUUCUCUGGGUCUAUAGCUCUUCAUGGGUGGGUCGUUUAUGGUGACCGUGUGAAUGAGGAAAGGGCAAAAUGGGAAGAAAACCUUGCUGCGAUAAGCAUGGAGUGAAGAGAGGAGCUUGGACUCCCGAGGAAGAUGAGAUCUUGAUUGAUUACAUAAAAAAAAACGGUCAUGGAAGAUGGCGGUCUCUCCCCAAGCACGCAGGUCUGCUUCGAUGUGGAAAGAGCUGUCGGCUGCGGUGGACGAACUAUCUUCGCCCAGACAUUAAGCGGGGGCCCUUUACUCCGGAAGAAGAGACUGCCAUCAUCCAGCUCCACAGCAUGCUGGGUAACAGGUGGGCUGCAAUCGCUUCAAAAAUACCUGGUAGAACGGACAAUGAGAUCAAGAACUUCUGGAACACCCAUCUAAAGAAGCGCCUCCUGGGCAACCACCAAAACCAGCAGACCCAGUGGUCCUCUGUUUUGGAGCCAAGCAAUGCGCAAUCCAAGUCCCCUUCAACCCGGCACAUGGCUCAGUGGGAGAGCGCUAGGGUUGAGGCAGAAGCUCGGCUGUCAAUGGAAUCGUUACUACUGAGGCCAGCAUCAAUGAGUAAAAAUGACUCUGAUUACUUCCUCAGGAUAUGGAAUUCUGAAGUUGGAGACUCAUUCAGAAAGAAGAAUGGACAAUAUGGAGUAGCAUGUCAAAGCCCCAUUUCCUCACUGUCCACAAAAUUCAGGUCAGGUUCAAGCCUCACAAUGCAGAGAGGACCAGCAGGGACCAGCACAUCUACAUCAACUACCAUAACCAGUAAACAAAAAAACAUGGAGCCCAAGAGCCACACUGCAUAUGCACAAGACAUGAUGACCGGUUCAGACGACUCAAGCUCUUAUGAAUUGGGUUAUUCUUCAGACAUCUCAUUCAGACUGCUGCUAGAUUUUCAAGGGGACAACGACAUGGGAUUCCUACAAGGACUUGCUGGAUGAUCAUCAUUUGUCCGGUCAUGUGUUUUGUGGAGUUCAAGCAUAUUUUGGUUCCUGGUUUUCCUACUUGUAUUCAGCCAAGCAGGUUUCCUCAUAUUCAUCUGUAAUGGUCUGUUUGAUUGCUAAGAAGAGAAAGGGAAAGAAAUGGAAAUUUAGGGUAAAAGGUUGGAGUCC